AUUUUCUGGAAAGAGAGAAGAAGGGACCUGGCCGUAUUUUAAAAAGGGCAGUUAAUUUUAGUAUUAGCCCCCAAUACAAUCAUUUCCACGUGUGACCAGUCUAAGAAUGAGGAAAGAGGUAUUUUCCGUCCCUUCUAACAGGUGUAUCAUUUGGUGAGCUGCGCAUCUUCGCUGGGACCCGCUGCAUUCUCCUGCUCCGUGGCGGCGCGGAGCUGCGGGCUCUGGGAGGCCGGGGGCGGGUGGCUGCCCCACCCCCCGGGAGGGCCAGGGCGGUUGGGAUGGAAAUGGGGUACACACAGCAGCUCAGGGGAGAGCGAGGGAAACAGCGCAGGGCGGAUGGCUAGUGUCAGAAUGGGGUUCCCCUGGGUUUCAUGCACUGAUGCAAGGAGUGGAUGGACCGUGGCCUGGACCAUCAGGUGGGGGCAGCACAGGGGCUGGGGGCACGUGCCCUGAGACAGGAGACUUGGACUGACCCCCGCAUCGUAGCUCUCCAACUCUAUGACCACAGGGAAGUCGGUUCACAUGCUGUCAACUGAAGGUAAUCACACCUGUCCCGAAGGGCUGUUAACAACGGAAGUGGACGGUCUGGGGACACUGGCUCCCCGGCUGGCGGCGGCAGAGGUGAGGAGGCCUGCCUGGGUGGGUAAGGUGAGCGGGGAAGGGAGGCAGAGGAGGGGCCGGAGAACCCCUCCCUCCGCAGUCUGGACUUUGACGCUGAGCGCACACCUGAGAGUGGAAGCUGGUGGCUCCCACCUGCUCAGGGGACAGGAAGCAAUGUCACCUCCCUGUGUUUCCUCCUGGAACUCUCCACCCCACAGCGGUCAAGGGUGGGGUUCCAGGAAACCCAUCUCCCUGUGAGCUCAUACAUGCUGGGCUCCCCACCCCAGGGACAGAAGGACUCGGCAGGAGUGGAGGACAGGCUGACCAGGCCCCUGCUGGGAAAUGCUGGGUCACUUCCAGUGCCCUGGAGUUUGAACCUCCUCAGCUGAUGGGUGGUGGCCGGUGGCUUCCCAGGCCGAACCCUCCUGCCUUCUUGCAGCCUCCUAUUGUGUUCCCUCCAUGACUCACGCAGGAGUGACAAAUAUCAGGGACAGAAUUUGUGUGGCCUGAGGCAGAGGCCUCUGCGGACAGGCUGCGGACGGCAGCGGCAGCGGGAUGCCCUCUGGGCCUUCCCGUGAGGAGCACCCCCAUCCAGCCCGCAAGGGAACCCUGGGGGAUGCAGUAACCCGCGCCCGGGGACGCACCUUCUGCAGGCUGCCCCUCCCCCCACCUUCCCAGAUGGGGGCCCAGCUCUCCUGCCAGGCGCUGCCUUGUGUACCCUGCAAGGAGAGGGAGCCCAUCCAGCCUCUCAUGGUCCCGGUGCCCCUGGGCCCUCUGGGGGAGACGCGCUGUGAGGAGCACGGUGAGAAGAUUUACUUCUUCUGCGAGACCGAUGCUGAGUUGCUCUGUGUGGUCUGUCGGCAGGGUCCCUCCCACCGCACCCACCCUGUGGCCGUCCUCGACGGGACCAUUCAGCCCUACCGGGACCGUCUCCGGAGCCAGUCGAGAGCUCCGCGCCUGGAGAAGAGCGAGAUGGAGGCCACAUGGCGGCGGGAAGACAGGAAGCUCCAAAAGCUUCUGACUCACAUUGAAAGCAAGAGGCAGCAGGUGGAUGCGGCGUUUGGGAAACUUCAGCGGGAGUUGGCAGACCAGCACAGUCUCCUGCAGGCCAGGCUGCGGGAGCUGGAGCUGCAGACCUGCAUGGAGAGGGACCAGUACAACUCCAAGUUCUCCGAGGAGAUCACCAGGCUCGGAGCCCAGGAGCUGGAGGAGCAGAGUCAGCAGCCAGCCAGCGUCCUGCUGCAAGAUGUCAAGGCCGACCAGAGCAGGUAUGAGACAAGGACUUUUGUGAGUCCAGAGACCAUUUCUCCAGACCUUAUCAAGAAGAUCCGAGAUCUCCACCGGAAAACACUCUUCCUCCCAGAGAUGCUGAGGACCUUCUCAGAAAACCUGGCGCACCAUCUGGAAACAGACUCAGGGCCCGCCCCGCCGGACCCGCGCGCCCUCAGCCGGAGCCGGGCCCUCACCGAGGACAGGAAGCCGGCGACCUUCAUCCGGGACAAGCAGGACCUGCCGCACGGCCCCCCGCGCUCCGAGGGUGUCCCGGCGGCGCUGGGCACCCCCCGGCUGCUUCUCAAGGCGCCACCGCAGAUAUUAAGGAUCUGAAUCAACAGCCAGAUGAAGAGAUGCAUAAGGGAGGUGGUGAGCGAAGGGACUUCUGUCUUCGUGAAGCUUGAAGACCAGCACGGCAGGGCGGGGGAAGCAUCCUGGUCGCUGGCUGGGAGUCCUCUGUACGCCGUCCUCUCGAGUUUUCAUGGAGGCUUCAUUACGUAGGAUAACUGAUUAAAUCAGUGGUCAUCGGUGACGGAUCCAACUUCAAGCCCCUUUCCCCUCCCCAGAAAUCAGGGUGUGGGACUGAAAGUUUUAACCUUCUAAUCAUGAAUGGAAGUUGCCUUGUUAACAUAAACCCACUUGGGGUAAAGGGAGCCUGUUUUCAAUAACAAAACACCCAUCGCCCUCAGGGAUCGGAAAGAGAUUUCAGAAACCGAGGACAAGAGACUGAAAAUUGUAACAAGAGAUGGUUUGGGAAAUUCCAAGGUUUUAGAAGCCGUGAGCCGGAACUGUGGACAAAGACCAAAAAUACACGAGAAAUAUAUUUUGGUCAAACGCAUAGUUCCUAUACAUCACAGUGUCACAGCGUGCAACGGGCUUGGUGCAGAGUGUGGUGUUGGCUCCGCAGGUGAUGCUGUUUGGCUGUGCCCAAGACUUGGGGCAGACGCUCAGGAGACCCUCGCAGGAGGCCCAGUGCGUGGUCUGCAGAGCGGGAAUCAAACUGCUCUGGACCCUUGGAAUGUGCACCAAAGAGGACCUAUUUAUUAUUA